AUUUCAAUGCUUUUCCCAGAUGAAAUUCUCCCUCAUUUUUCACUUUCCCUCUCUUUCACUCUCCCAAAAUAUGCUCCGGGUCGACCCGGAUUCCAUUUUCUGCCAUAACUCACCAUUUUCAAUCUCUUUCUUGCCUUUCCUUUGCUUUCUUAAGUUGGGUUUUCUCUUUUCCCAUCUGGGGUUUUCUACUUUUAGCGAAAUCUUUGAGCUUCCCGUCCCCCUUUAAUGGCGGAUUCUUCCGGAUCUUCUUGCUGAAAUUACUGUGGCAUGUUGUUUAUGAGCUUCCCCUUUUCAGUUUUGAGCUUAAAAAGGCUCUUUAACUACCCUCCCCCUUUCUGAUUCCAAGUGGAUUUCACUUUCACUUUCUUACUCUUUCCCACUUUUUGUGUUUGAGUUUAUUCCUUUUUCUUCUUGUUCUUCCUUUUGGAAGCUUUGAAGAUGUCGUUUAACAGCAAAAUGGGUUGUUGCUGGUUCUUGCGAUGCAUCGUUGUUUUGGUUUUGUUGUUGUCAGUGGUUUGUUCUGUGAAGGCCAUAGGCGCCAACUGGGGAACUCAAUCGUCUCAUCCGUUGCCGCCGGAGACCGUUGUUGGAAUGUUGAGAGACAAUCAGAUUCAGAAAGUGAAGCUCUUCGAUGCUGAUUAUGGAACUCUUAGAGCUUUGGGGAAGACUGGGAUCGAAGUGAUGGUUGGGAUUCCUAAUGAUAUGCUAUCCACUUUUGCUAGCAAUGAAAAAGCAGCUGAGAAAUGGGUUUCUAAGAAUGUCUCUGUUCACAUUAGUGAAAACAAUGUUAACAUUAGAUAUGUUGCUGUAGGGAAUGAGCCUUUCUUGGCAACUUACAAUGGAAGCUUUCUCAGUACAACCUUUCCUGCUCUGCGAAAUGUCCAGAAAGCCCUAAUAAAAGCUAAUUUAGGCAACCAAGUAAAGGUAACAUGUCCGCUGAAUGCUGAUGUUUACGCAUCUACAACUACUUUUCCAUCAGGUGGUGACUUCCGAAGUGAUAUACAUGAUUUGAUGCUUGACAUUGUCAAGUUCUUGAGUGAUUCCGGUUCUCCAUUCACAGUGAACAUUUAUCCCUUCAUCAGUCUCUAUUCCGACCCCAACUUCCCUGUUGAGUAUGCUUUCUUUGAUGGCAAUGCAUCACCCAUAGUUGAUGGCCAGACAACAUAUUUCAACAUGUUUGAUGCAAAUUACGAUACCCUUGUGUGGGCGCUUCAGAAGAAUGGCUUUGGAAACUUACCGAUUAUAGUUGGGGAGAUCGGUUGGCCUACGGACGGUGAUCGUAAUGCCAACCCCAUCUAUGCUCAACGGUUCAAUCAAGGCUUCAUGUCACACAUUUUAGGCGGGAAAGGAACACCAAUGAGGCCAGGUCCAAUUGACACCUACUUAUUCAGUCUAAUCGACGAAGAUGCAAAGAGCAUUGAUCCAGGGAACUUUGAACGCCAUUGGGGAAUAUUCUACUAUGAUGGCCGACCGAAAUACCAGCUCAGCCUUGGAAACUCAAAUGGAACCUUGGUUGGAGCAAGAGGUGUACAUUAUCUUGAAAGAAAAUGGUGUGUGAUGAAGCCAUCUGCUCACCUUGAAGAUUCGCAAGUCGCACCAAGUGUCAGCUAUGCCUGUUACCAUGCUGACUGCACCAGCCUUGGGUAUGGGACAUCAUGUUCGGGUCUAGACGCAAGGUCGAACAUUUCAUAUGCAUUUAACAGUUAUUACCAGAGGAAUAAUCAGGCAGAGGAUGCAUGCAAGUUUUCGGGGUUGUCAACAGUGACAAAUAAUGAUCCAAGCUUUGGGAGUUGCAGGUUUGAUAUAAUGAUAGAGCCAUACUAUGGAGGGGCAGAAGGAAGGUCUGGGUUUUGUUUCACAAGGCUUUUGAUGUUGCUUUUUGGGUUUGUUCUUGUUAUGUUGACAGCUCUGUGAAUGCUUAGGAAUAUUUUGUGGAUUCUAAUUUAUUUGUAUGUCUUAAGGUAUCCUUUUUAUGUGUAGAAUUGAAUCAUUGAUGUUAGGAGAAAACUGCUAAAAUUGUUAUCAUUAUGUAGCUGCCUGAAGGGCAAUGUUUAAGUUUACCCAAUGAAAGGAAUUGGUGUUGGUGUUGGUGUAUAAAAAUGAGGAAUCAUUCUCUUUCAAA